AAAAAUGACUAUUUUUCUUCCAUUUCUUCUUCUUGUUGAAAACGCCCAUCUCAAUCUCAUUUCAACUUCCGAGGUUUUUGCCUUUUGCCGGCUAGCCCAAUUCCUCCUAUUUUUUGUUUCUGUGUUCCUUCGAAAUUCCACAAUUUCAAUAACACCCUCCCUUCGUUUAACACUUUUCACCAAUUCAACCUUUGAUCUUUGAUAUUUCCACCCAUUUUCUUGUUUGAUCGGGGGAUUCUCAAUUUGGGUGCCCCUUCUGUUUCUUAUCUCACCAUUGGGUCCAAUAAUCUGCGUUUUCUUCAGAUUGAAAGCAAUGGGCAUAGGGUUCGAGCGGAAUGAUGGUUUUCCUCAUAGUGAUGAUUAGGGAAGCCAUUUGUCUUUAGAUUUGAGAGAGCUGAUUUGUGAUUUUUGAAUGGAAAAGAAAAGAUUAGAUGACUAUGAACCAGGUCCAGUUCCUUCACCAAAGGGGGUAGAUAGAUUUGGUUUUGUAAAACAGGAUAAUACUUCUGAUGGUUUAGUCAAAAGUAGAUCAGCCUAUGAGUAUGAGAGAUAUAGGGAGGAGAGAAGGGUUAGAAAAUGGAGGAAGAUGAUUGGGGUUGGUGGCAGUGAUUGGAAGCAUUAUCUGAGGAGAAAACCUCAUGUUGUUAAAAGGCGUAUAAGGAAAGGAAUUCCAGAUUGUUUAAGGGGCCUUGUUUGGCAGUUGAUAUCUGGAAGUCGAGACCUACUGCUGAUGAACCCUGGAGUUUAUGAGCAACUUGUCAUCUAUGAGACAUCAGCCUCUGAACUGGAUAUAAUUCGAGACAUUUCUCGCACCUUCCCUUCUCAUGUAUUCUUCCAACAGAGACAUGGACCUGGACAGCGGUCUCUCUACAAUGUUCUAAAGGCUUACUCUGUCUUUGACAGAAACGUUGGAUAUGUUCAGGGAAUGGGGUUUUUAGCGGGGCUUUUGCUUCUUUAUAUGAGUGAGGAGGAUGCAUUUUGGUUGUUGGUGGCAUUGUUGAAAGGAGCUGUUCAUGCCCCAAUGGAAGGCUUGUAUUUGGCAGGAUUGCCUCUGGUACAACAAUACCUCUUUCAAUUUGAAUGCUUGGUGAGAGAGCAUCUACCGAAGUUGGGCGAACAUUUUUCCAAUGAAAUGAUAAAUCCUAGCAUGUAUGCUAGCCAGUGGUUCAUAACUGUAUUUUCAUAUUCCUUUCCAUUUCAUUUGGCUCUUCGAAUUUGGGAUGUCUUUCUCUACGAGGGUGUUAAAAUUGUCUUCAAAGUUGGCUUGGCCCUAUUAAAGUACUGCCAUGAUGACUUGGUUAAACUACCUUUUGAAAAACUCAUACAUGCUUUGAAAAACUUCCCUGGGAAUGCAAUGAAUCCAGAUAUGUUGUUACCACUUGCUUAUUCCAUCAAGAUAUCAAAGCGUUUGGAGGAAUUGAAACAAGAGUAUGAGACGAAGACUGGAAAGAUUAGACGAGCUAGAGAGGUUUCUGAAAAACCAAUGCUUCCUGGUGAGAGCAACUGAAGUGAGAGCAUUUGUUAGACAUGUAGAACUAAUGGUAAACCUGAGAGGAGAACCUCUUAGUGAAGGUUUCUCUUUCAUGCUGGGUGCUAAUCCAGUGUGAAAUGCAUACUAUGUACAGUUGUAGUAGUUGUUUUCAGAGUUAAAAAGAGGCUUUAAUAAAGAUGAAAUCUGUUGCAUGCCUA